AUGGCUAUAGAAGCAAACCGGAGUCACAAUGAUCACUACCGAAGACUCACUUUCGCCGCUUAUUUGAAAUCGGAAUCCUUCGCCGGGGACGAAGCAUACCACACAGACGAAGAUCACAACCACGGCGUUUACCAAAACGCGGUUAGCAGCACCAACAGCGAUUCUCAGCGUCCAAGCAACGCCUCAACCGCUAGCAGCGACUCAUCAUCACCAAGCUAUCCGUUAUCUCCGUGGAACCAAACUUACUAUCCGCACAACGACAAUACGACGGCGUUUUCGUCCACUACGCAAUCCCCGUGGAACCAAACAUACUCUCCGUACAACAAAUCCCCGUGGGUUUACCAAGCCCGGAACAGCGAUUUCGAGGAUGACCAUGACAACGGUUUAAUCGGUACGAUCGUGAGAGAAGAAGGACACGUGUACUCUAUUGCUGCUUCUGGGGAUCUUCUCUUCACAGGAUCCGAUUCCAAGAACAUUCGGGUCUGGAAAGAUCUGAAAGAUUUCUCCGGGUUUAAAUCGAUGAGCGGGUUUGUCAAAGCGAUUGUCAUAACCGGAGAUAACCGGGUUUUCACCGGUCAUCAAGACGGUAAAAUCCGGGUUUGGAGAGGCUCGAAGAGAAACCCGGAGAAAUACUCACGAGUCGGAAGCUUGCCGACUCUGAAAGAGUUUCUCACCAAAUCGGUGAAUCCGAGAAACUACGUCGAAAUUCGCCGCCGGAAAAACGUCCUGAAGAUCCGACAUUUCGACGCCGUGUCGUGUUUGACCGUAAACGAAGAUCUCGGUUUGCUCUACUCCGGUUCGUGGGACAAGACGCUAAAAGUCUGGAGAUUAUCCGAUUCGAAAUGUCUGGAAUCGAUCGAGGCUCACGACGACGCGGUCAACACGGUGGUCGCCGGAUUCGACGAUUUGCUAUUCACCGGAUCAGCCGACGGAACGUUGAAAGUAUGGAAACGUGAGCUUCAAGGGAAAGAGAUGAAGCAUGUUUUGGUACAAGUGUUGAUGAAGCAAGAGAGCGCUGUAACGGCGUUAGCCGUUAACUUAGCGGACGCUGUGGUUUACUGUGGAUCGUCUGACGGUUCCGUUAAUUUCUGGGAGCGGAAGAAAUAUUUGACUCACGGUGGGACGAUUCACGGCCACCGAAUGGCGGUGCUCUGUCUCACCUCCGUGGGGAGUCUGUUGUUGAGCGGUGGAGCGGAUAAGAAUAUUUGCGUUUGGAAGAGAAACGGCGACGGAUCGCACACGUGUCUCUCCGUUUUGAUGGAUCACGACGGUCCCGUUAAAUGUUUGACGGCGGUUGAAGAGGCGGCGGACGAUAGCGACGACGACGAUAGAGAGAAAGGAGAUCGACGGUGGAUAGUGUACAGUGGGAGCUUGGACAAAUCGGUGAAAGUGUGGCGCGUGACGGAUUACGCGUCUUAA